CCACGAGCACGAUCGUACACAGGUUCCGGGGCUCUCUCCUGAAGAGAUGGCGGAGGAAGGAGGGCAGGUCGAAGCCGAGGCCCAACAAGCGGGCGAGGAAGGUGGGCUGCGGCCGAGGGGGGCCGCGGAGCCGUCCUCGCGGCGCCUGGUGCUGCCUCCAUCGUGGUUGUCCCCGGCGGGCGAGCUGCCGGCGGGACUGAGGAGCUGGUAUCCAGCCCUGGAGGUCUUGGACGUGAGCGGGACGGGGCUGUCGGCGUUGGGCCCAGAGCUGCUGGAUCUGGCGCAUCUGCACACGCUGCUGGCGAAGAACAACCGGCUGGGGUCCCCUCGGUCGCUCCCGAAGGGCCUGUCCAGCGCCCCCCUGGCCCGGUCCUUGCGCGUCCUCAACUUGAGCGGCAACCGCUUCACGCACCUGCCCGCCUUGCUCCUGGGCCUCUCCCGCCUCCAGAGCCUCAGCCUGGGGAGCAACCGGCUCCAGAGCAUCCCCCCCGCCAUCCAGAAGCUCAGCAGUUUAGAAUUUUUGUACCUUGGAGGAAAUUUCAUUACUUCCAUUCCACCAGAGUUAGCAAACCUGUCUUCACUAAGUUACCUAGUCCUCUGUGAUAACAGGAUACAGAGUAUUCCCCCUCAGUUGGCACAGCUGCAUUCACUCCGUUCUCUUAGCCUCCACAAUAACUUACUGACAUACCUUCCUCGGGAGAUCCUGAAUCUAGUUCAACUUGAAGAAUUGAGUUUGCGUGGGAAUCCAUUGGUUGUGAGGUUUGUCCGUGAACUGACCUACAAUCCUCCAAGCCUCCAGGAACUGGCUGGACGCACCAUCAAAACUCGCAAUGUUCCUUAUGUUGCUAGUGAUCUCCCUGGAAAUCUCCUUCGAUAUUUGAGUCUGGCCAGCAAUUGUCCUAAUCCCAAGUGUGGAGGAGUCUAUUUUGACAGCUGUGUCCGCCAAAUAAAAUUUGUCGACUUCUGUGGGAAGUACCGUGUUCCACUGAUGCACUACCUUUGUUCCCCAGAGUGCUCUUCCCCUUGCAGUUCUGCAUCUCAGAGUUCUAAUUCCCAGAGUGAAUCUGAUUCAGAAGAUGAAGCCAUUGUUGCUGCACGUAGGAUGCAAAAGGUUCUUCUGGGAUAGGAAGAAGGGAUAAUACAAGAAGCAAGCAUCUGAUGUUCUGUGCAAUGGGCCUGCCUUUAUUAUAUCGUUCACAGAAAAUGCACCUGGAGAAUUAUUCAUGAGAAUGCUUAUUGGCUAAAGCCACUAAAUGCCUUAGGAAGAAAUUAGCAUAGAGACUUCUUACAGCUUGCUUCCUGGAAGAACACUCUUAAAGCUUGAGAUUUUUCAGGACUUCUUGGCAUUGGUGACAUGUUAGAGAUGUUUUAAGUCCUUCAUCUCUGAGGCUGGCUUUGAGGUGGACUAUCUUUAGUCAUGGUGAUAACACCAACAAUUACCUAAGAGUAUAGAGUGGGAGUUCUUUAGUAUUGUGUUUAGCAUCUAUUAUACUUGAAUAUUGUUCUUCCCAUAAAGGUGCUCGGGCUCUCUAUAUUUAUUUUUGACAAAAUUCCUCCGAAAUACAGAAAUAUCAAUGAGUGUUACUUCCUUCUUUAUUUGGCUUCACUGCCUAUGAUCAAAUGUUAUGUUAUAACAGCAUUAAUGUGCCUUUCUAUAUUUUAAUACCAGUUCCAUUUUUCUGUCCUUCAGAGCAUUCCUGAAUUGUACCACCAAAAAUUUGGCAGCAAAACUGUUGGGUUUUGGUAGCGCUUUCCCUGUUUUUUGGCCAAGGAUUAAAAUAGACGUAUUAGUGGGUGGCAUACAAAUUGAUUGAUUGAUUGACUGACUGAAGCAUCUAUUUUACCUGUUAAAACUGUCCCAGUUUCCUCCAUGGGGGCUAAAACGUUGGCCUCACAUUUCCCAGUAAGUUCACUGGGCUACAGCAGUGCUUCCUGUGGCUGGAGCUCCUAAAGGUUGUGGUUCAGCAGAUUGGGAAAGCCAUAGGUUUCCAAUUCCUGUGUUAUACUGUAGUGUAUCAUUAGUGCCUUCCUUGGGUUUUCUUCUUGAAACCUGCCGUUUUCUAACUGUGAGAAAGAUGAAGAAUUCCCUUGUUCAAAGUUCUUCUAAAGCAAAAGUGCAAACUGCUAUCCAGGUGCCAUUAUUUGCCACAUUUUAUGUUAUGGAUCAUAUUUCAUGAUAUGUGAUUAUCUAUGCAUGUAUACAUACAGUGUUUGCUGUAAUAUAAUCUUGUUUUAUAAAAGUCAGACAUUUUUACCAGUCCUUUUAUUUCUCCCAUUUCCUUUACUGCGAGGUUAUUUACAUUAUAUCCUCCUUCAUAUUCCCACUUGACUUCCUCAUACACGCACUGCCUUUUCGUAAGACACUGCCCUAAACUUCCUCACUCUUACAUUUCUAAAUGUGCAGAAGUGUUGAAGAUACCUCAUACAUUCAGGGCCACGUCUAGUCUCUAUAAAAGAUAAAUAGUCAGAAAGGAGUCGCUGGUACCAGGCAUCGCUAGGAAUAUCAGUGGCAGCAUGUUGGUGAGCUUAAUGCAAUCAUUUUUUCACACACAACACUUGCAGUUUCACAGACUGUUGUGACUCCUUUUCACACAGCAGAUGUGUUCUUCUCCACAGGCUUGUGGCUUAAUCUUUUUUGUUUAGGCUCUUCCGUCUUUCCUAAAGCAGUGUUUCCAUUGCAGAGUAAGUGUACUUUAUCAGCAGCAACCCUAAUGUUGAGUGCUGAGUAAAAGUAAUGCUUUUGCAAUGGAGUGCCUCUUUUAUGAAUGAUGUUAGGAAUUGCUCUCAGUCAUUUAGACGCCUGUGUGUAUUAGUGAGAGGAAGGGAACCUCACAUGGAAAAGUCCCUGAAUUCUAGGGAGGAAGGAAUCCACUAUUAUUACUGAGAUCAUUGCAAGAUUUGUGAAAGAAGUGUGGGAUCUAUAGGUACUUACGUUUCUACUUUUCUAUUGCGGCUUCUUCCUCUAGUGAAAGAUUUUCUGUUCGAUAGGAUUGGUUUGUGGACAAGCAUGAAUACAUAUAUAUAUAUAUAAUUUACUCUGAGGUCUUUGAAAUGGCUCUUAUGUAUAUGUUUCUUUAAAUAUAUACAUAUACUGUAUAUAGAAAGAAACCUGGUGGAGUGAAUGUGGUAUGCACCCUUGGCCAGAAUCCCCUGUCAGGUUGAUUUUUAUUUAGAUUCACAUGUUACUGAACUCUAGAUUCCCUCAACCUCAGCCAGCAUUUUCAAUACAGUAAAGUACUGCAAGUUCUCUACUAUCUAGAUAAUGAGAGUGAUCUCCUGGAAUAAAUUUUACAAGGCUGUCUUUAUAAGCAUUGAAGAAAUGCUGCUAUUUAACAGCAAUAUAUCUUCUUCCCCAUCUUCUCUUAUUCAUAUAAUCUAGUUUACUAAAAUGAUCAGUGGGAAAUUUUUUUUUUUAAAUCAUAACAUGGAAUUAAAUCUUGCAACUUCAACUUUGAAUUAACUCCAUUCACUAAGUCUGGAAACAGAUCUAGAUAUUAGCAAGUGUUUUCAAAGUUGGCCAUUAUUAUUUCAUUGUAGCAUUCCAGUUAUAACUGAUGCAUAUACGCAUUAUAUUUAGUCUGCAAUCUCUACCUUGAGAGCGAGUCUAAAUGCAGAUCUGAUACUUCUUUUCUCUAAACUUUUUAUGUCAUGCCAGCCCAAUUAAUGAUUUUAGAGAACUUGAUAUGGUUGUAAACUACUUGGUGAUAUUUGUGUUGGUUCUAAUUAAGAUACAAUCUAACUGAAUUUUAUUUUUUAUUAGGGACAAGAUACUUAUUUUUUUCCUGUUAAUUAAUUAAUGAUUUAUAUGCAUAAUGGAAUCUUGAUACUAUUUGAUGUCAGUCCUAUACAGGUAAAAUCUCACGAUGAUCCUUGUUUAAUCUUCUGGCAUUUUUGAUAAGCUUAGGCAGUAUACACUUUGUUUUUUUCCCUGGAUUGAGCUUAUUCUAAACUGUGACUGAAAAUAAUGUUUGCACAUGUGCUCCAUCCACAGGCAUGCAAGGUUUCGUUAAAGCAUUACUUAGAUUUUAUUUUGGUUCUUUCUUUCCAUAGCAUAACAAUAAAAAAAUGCCAAAUCUGAAUGUCCUUAAAUCAUUUGUCUUUUCCGUUUGCUGUGUAUUCGUCCUGUCAUUUCUUUAUCCGUGAAUGAUAGAUGGAAUGUUUAUAAAUCAAAAUUCAGUGCUUUAGGAGCUGUAUGGAAAGUUUGGAGACAAAAUCUGAAGCAAAUUGUAUAGUUUUUUGUAUAUUUAUAGUUCACUCUAGUUAAACUUUAAAGGAUUGACUUGUUGAAUAUUUUAAUAUGCCUUGCUUGGUACAACUCUUUCUCAAAGAAAACUGAGUGGCUUUUUUGAUUUUUUAAACUUUUAAAAUACUUGAGAUUGCUUGCCAAAAGGAUAAAUUUAUAUUUUGUUUAGGAUAAUGGACAGAAGAUAUUUAACCCACCAUGGGAAGUAAUAAUUCUUACCAUGCUGCUUUGUUAUGGUCAACAGUGGGCUUUUUAGUGAGAUUAUUGCUGUUCACACAGAUGUUUAUAGUGCAAUGGAAAUACAGUUUCCAUCUUAGAAACUGCCCAAUAAAUUACAUUCCUUAUUUGUGUAGCACACUUGGUUUCUACUUAAAAAAAAUCAUACAGAUGCUAUAGAAAGAGAAAUUAGAGCACACUAGAUUUAGGAGAGACAGUUUCAAUAAUCUUAGAGAAGUUCUAGGCAAUAUCUCAUGGACAGACACCCUCAAGACAAAAGGAGUGCAGGAAGGAUGGAAACUUCUAAAAAAUUACAUACUGAAAGUACAAUCAUGCACCAUUCCUAUAAGAAAAAAGUGGAGGGCUGUGUAGGAAACUUAUGGAUGCCCAGCUUUCAACUGAGUUGAACAUUAAAAGGGACUGAUAUAGGAAAUAUUAGCAAGUAGCUAAUAUCUGCAAAAAAUAGGCUAAAGAACAAAAAGAACUUAGGGUGGCAAGAGAAACUAAAAGCAUCAAGAGGGCUUUUUUUGGCUAUAUCAGUCAAAAAAAGGAGUGGGUUUACUCCUAGGAGAUUAUGUUUGGUUAGCAACAGGUGACAGGAAGAAGACAAAGGUGUCUGCCAGAAAGGAAACUCUUCUAAUGGAGCCCAGCAGAGCAGCUAACAAAAGGACGAAGUGACAACCCAAGGUUAAGUAGAGAUAGACAGAAUUUGCUACUAUGAACAAGUUACAGCCAGUUGCAUCGGAGAGUCUUGUGAUAUCAUCUUGGAGCCCUUUUCUGCAAUCAUGGAGGACAGAUAUAGUGCCUGAAUAGCUGAGAGGUGCAAAUGUGGAAGGAGGGGAAAAAAGUGUAAACUACAGGCAUGGUAGCAAAACUCAGGAACAGUUUAUAAAGCAAUUGGUUUAUGAGCAUUUAGAAAAUAAUGCUUAUGAUUUAUGAAAUAAGUAACUUUAUUGAGGUCGUUAACCAGCACAAGAGAAUUGGUACUCAAAUAUUCAAUACUAAAUCGGCAAUAUCAGGAUUAUUAGGAAAGGCACAUACAAAGAACUUUGGCUAAAAGAUAAUAUUAAAAUAAGCUAAGGGGCUUGUUCAGCUACAUGUAUGCAACAAAGGAGAAAAGAGAUUAAAAUUAGCAAUCUGGGUAAUAUAAACUUUGAAAUAGCAAUAUCAAAUACAUAUACAUGUCUGUGUGUGGUGUGUGUAUUUGUAGAUAAUAAAAUUGUCCAGAAGUGAUUUAAUAAUAAACUUCUCUUACAGACCCCUGUCAAACCUGAGAAGAAUAUAGUAUAAUAGCAGACAUGGCAUGUACACACCAAAGCAUAAAAGAAGUUAAAAAAUAGCCAAUGUUAAUGGUGUGUCAGCCAUUUCUGGCUAUCCAUAGGCAGCUUCAAUUGCUCUUUAUUCUUUGCCUGACUUUACAUGCUGCCACACAAAACCUGGCAACCUUGUUGAUGUUGCUUAUACUGUUGAUUGUUGUAUCCUGUUUUGCUGGUCAGGAGUGGGCUAAUUAACACAUUUCAAGGUUCUGUAUAAAACUGGCAAUACCAAAGAACAUGUUUGAUAGUUUCUACCUGUCCUGAGUCACAAGGAUAUAUUUGUAAUGAAUAUGGUAUCUUUUUGUAUCUUCCAGCCAUUGGAUUUAUAAAAAAAUAAAUCAUGCCAAACUAA